UGCGCAGCAGGACGUUGGAAGAUGGCGGCUGACAUGAGGGUGGUGGGUUUGGUGGAGGAGUUUGUGACCGGGCAGCAGGACGGGGCGGCCAAGGACCUAGCAACAGGGGUCAUCGAUGGGAAGUGCACUGCACUGGAAAUUGUGGAAGCCUUGGGAAAAUGCUUAACGAAUUCUGAGCCAAGAACAAGAGGAAGAGGGGUACAGCUCAUCUCUCAGGUCCUGCUGCUGUCUUAUCCUUCUCUCAAACAAAAAGAAGUGAAGGCACUGACUAGCUUCUAUAUAGACCGAUUGAAGGAUCAUCAUUUUAUCACACCUUAUGUACUGCAAGGGUUGAAAGCCCUGAGCAUGAGCUCCGUUCUGUUAGAAGGGUUAGCUGUAGCAGUUCUGAAGGCAUUGUUCCAGGAGGUACAUGUCCAGUCCCUGUUGCAGUCUGAUAGGCAUUCUGUGUACAGCAUUAUCACAAAUUUCAUGGACACCAGGGAGAAAGAGCUGAAGAGUCUGGCAGCGGACUUCACGUUUGGUUUUAUUCAAGCAAUGGAUGGAGAGAAGGACCCUAGAAAUUUAUUAAUGGCUUUUCAGAUCUCCAGGGAUAUCAUAAUCAACAAUUAUGAGCUUGGGAAUUUUGUGGAGGAACUCUUUGAAGUCACUUCAUGCUAUUUUCCCAUUGAUUUUACACCACCUCCAAAUGACCCACAUGGAAUAUCCCGGGAGGAGUUGGUGCUGAGCCUACGAUCUGUUCUUACUGCCACGCCCCGGUUUGCAGAGUUCCUAUUGCCACUCUUGAUUGAGAAGUUGGAUUCAGAUGUUCAGAGUGCUAAAGUGGACUCCCUACAGACACUGACAGCGUGCUGCAGAGAUUAUAGGAAGAAAGAGUUGAAAGAAUUCCUACCGGCUCUUUGGCAUUCUAUACGCAGAGAGGUCUUUCAGACAGCAAGUGAAAAGAUUGAGUCUGAAGGUCUUGCUGCUCUCCAAGCGCUAUCAAAUAGCCUGUCCAAGUCAGUCAUUGAUUCAGAUGCAGAGGAUAGCUUGGAUACAUUCCUCGACAAUGUUCUGCAAGACUGCAAGCAUCACCUGUGUGAACCAGACAUGAAGCUCGUGUGGCCAAGUGCAAAGCUGCUCCAGGCGGCUGCGAGUGCUUCCUACAGAGCGUGCGCCAAGAUCAGUGGCUGCAUCUUCCCUCUGUUACUGGAACAGUUCAACAAACAUAAACAGAGUAGCCAACGUUGGACAAUCCUGGGAAUACUGAAAGUUUUCAUUAAACUAAUCCAUAAAUGGCAUCGAGAUGAGGAAGGUGAGAAUCUGUUGUGUGCCUUCAAGGAUCAGCUCUGUAUCCUGAUAUUCUCUGCACUGACUGACUGCAAUGUCCAACUUCAGACGGUGGGGACGAGCACUUUGGCAGUUCUGGGAUCACAACGAGGUUUGCUGUCCCAAUCUGACAUUGAAUUGACUGUUGAUCAUUUGAACAGACUGAUUCUGCGGGAAGCUGACCCUCAGGUUUGUGCUGCAGCAUUGGAAGCUUCCACUAUCAUUUCUGUAAUCCAUCCCUCCGCCUUCAUCAGCAAGAUGAUCCCAGCACUGACUCAAGAGUUAAAUACAGAGCCGAUGGAAGUGAAGGAUGGCGAUGAACUUCCUACACAGUCUGGAUACACUCUGCAUCAGCGCAGUAUUCAAGCUCUGGCUGCCAUCUCCACGCAUCCCAGUAUAGUGAAGAGGACAGUCCCGGUCCUACUGAAGCAUCUGACCAAUUUACAGAAAGGGAGUUCAGGCACUGAAAGUGACAUGGCCAUCCUGACCUGUCAAAGCCUGCAGCUGGUUGCAGAACACUGUCAGGGUGCCGAAGAGAGCAGCUGUUACUUUCACCAAAUGGUUGUCCCAUGCCUGCUGGGACUGGCCAUCCAGACAGCUGUGCAAGACUGUGGCUCUGUAAUCCCACUUGGCAUCAUGUGUGAGGAACAAGUAAUCAUGGCGUUGGGGACUGUGAUCAGCACUGCCUACAGUCACGGCCAGACAGAACUAGCUUCCGGAAAAAUCUCCCAGGUUGUGGCCUUGUAUCUCGAUGGAGAUGUCUCCUUUUUGCCUGAAAAUAACCUUUCUAGAAAGUUCCAGCCUUUUCAAUUGCCUGACUCUCCAUGGCCGCAGACUCAGUUGAUUGCCCUCCUGCAGGCCGCUGUCUGCUCCCUGCCAAAGAACGUCGUAGUACCCCAACAGGAGAGGUUGCUGGCACAUCUGAUGGAGCUGUGUUGUACCAGCAACCAUCGAUUCACUUACAUGUCUGCUGCUAAAUGCAUUGCUGGCCUUAUCAACAAGUGCCCUGCAGGUGAGCAGUUGGAUUCUGUUCUACAUGAUGUGCUGAAAAAGAUUAACAUUGGGCUGGAGAGGAACACUGGCGAUUGUUCGCAGUCUGCUGGCAGGACCCGUGUUUUUACCUUGCUGUUGUGGUUAACAAAAUCUCUUGUGCUGCGAUAUCACCCACUGUCUGACACAUUGACUGACAAGCUGAUAGAGCUGCUUGCUGACCCGGACCUGGGAACAGAAGCAGCGGAUGGAUUCUACGUGUUAGUGAGCGAUUCCACCGAUGUCCUGAACAAGGCCACUCACGCUGAUGUCCGCAUCAUGUACCGGCAGCGGUUCUUCACUGAGAACGUCCCCAAAUUGGUUCAGGGCUUCCACUCGGCCAGCGAAGAUAAUAAGUCGAACUACCUGAAGGCACUUUCUCACGUGUUGAACAGUCUCCCGAAGCAGGUCCUGAUGACAGAGCUCCCGUCGUUGCUGACCCUGUUGUUGGAGGCAAUGUCCUGCUCAGACCAGGUGGUCCAGUUAUCCACUCUGGGGUGUUUGCAUCCUCUAUUGCUGGACGCCCCUCAGAUCAUGAGCUUGCACGUAGAGACAUUAGUGAACAAACUGCUCAAUCUGACUACUAGCCCUGCCAUGAAAGUCCGUAUUGCAUCCUUGCAGUGUAUGCAUGCACUGACCAAGCUGCCUUCACAUGUGAUCCUGCCACAUAAAUCCAGGGUAAUCCAAGCCCUGGCUAAACCCUUGGAUGACAAGAAGCGACUAGUGAGAAAGGAGGCAGUCAGAGCUCGGGGAGAAUGGUUUCUUUUAGGGAGCCCGGGCAGUUGAUGUGUGUCCACCUGAUGAGAGAGGAGACAAUCAGACAAGGCCUGGCCUGUCCCGCACAUUUACAACCCAGCAGCCUGCUCAACUUAACAUUCCAAACCCCAACCAAAAAAAAAGACACGAAAAUAAAAUAACUUCUUUCAAAACAAAAGAACAACCUUUUCCAGCAGAGAUGAAGACUGGAAUGAAGAAGAGAUUGCACCUUUAACCAAUUAACAAAUAUUUUAAUAAGCACAUUUCAUUCCGCAGUGUGUGGGGUCUCAACGCCCAGUAUGGGGAGUGUGAUAAUCCACCUGCUUGUACAAUUAUGACAAAGUAACCACGCCAACUCUUGAGUAAAUCACCUCAUUCGUUCUGG